CUUUGCAGCCGAGUUUCCCGAGGAGGACAGUGACAUGCUGAUGGAGCCGAAUGACUUUACGCCCAUAACGGUGCUGCGCUCGCACGAGCAGCAGCAUUUCCACAUGCCGCCCACCACGCAGCUGCAGCAGCCGCAUCAUCGUCCGAUUGCUGUCACGCCCGCACAGAGCCGCCACUUUCAGGCGGUGCCCGUCGAGCAGCAGGAGCAGUUCCGUCCGAUAGCCAAUCCGAACACACAGCUGAUCUCCAGAGCCGAUGUGACGCCCGGCCCGGGCGCCGACUCGCACAGCCAGGCGGCGCAGAACUUCUAUCCGCCCUUCUACCAUGAGGCGCCGCCACUGGGCCACUCGCGUCCCUAUUUCGCCGGACCCGCUGGGCCCGUGGCCGACAGUACGCCGCUGCAGCUGCCGCUGUUGACGCCGGCGCAGCAGCAGCAACAGCAGCACCAGCAUCAGCAGCAGCAGCGCGGCUUUGACGCCGCCAUACUGGGCAGCGGGGACUUUGGGGUGCUGCGCGGCGGCACCUUCUAUCCGGAGGAAGAGAUGCCCUACCAUCCGGAGGACAACAGUGACUACAUCUAUGGCGAUGCCAACAAUGGCCAUGGCCGGCCCAGCGAGUCCUUCAUCCAGAAGUACACCUAUCCCGAGGAGCAGUUCGCCAACUUCCGCGACUUUGCGGACAUCAAUACGCCCGCCGACUCGGCCUUCUCCCAGUUCGUGGUCGUCUAUGCGGCCAAGAAUGCGACCAAGCCCAGCAACCAUCCGCAUCCGAAGAACAUAUUCGAGCAGCUGGAGUUGCUCGAUCGCGAGAAGGCGCUAGAGGAGGCGGCCCUCAAGAAGCAACAGCCCAGCAAAUCCAAAUCGAAGCUGUCCAAGACGAAACUGCAGAAGAAGUACAAGAAGAAGCCAAUUAGCAAGGAGCUCGAGCUGGAGCCGCUGCUGGCGCUCAGUUAAGCACUCCGUGGCGCUGUCUCCAUCCAUUCCCGUCAGCUGGGAUCGAAUUUCAACUGCGAAAUUUGCACACAAUUUUGCCCGCUGUUCGCUGUGUGCUUCAUCAAUUUUCUUUUAUUUAUUUUUUUUGAGCAAAUCGCAAAUUUCAAUUUUAAAUACUUUACGAACUAUGCCCUAUCCCCAUAGUCCCUGCUUCGCACUCUUGCCUUUCAUUCAUUUGUACACGUGCCCAGGCCCCCAUCGUCCCCUGUUCCCCCGCCUCAUCAUAUGGAUUGCAAUAGUUCCGUUAGUUGUGUGUACUUAUUAUUAUUAUUAUUAUUAUUUUAAUUAUUAUAAUUAUGAUAAAUGUAAUUUUUUUUUACCUGUUUACUUGUUGCCUCACAGUUCGUGUUGCAUAAUUGUUAAUUCUACGUAAUUAUAGCCAGUAGUCUACACGUAUUUGUAUUUGUAUUUGUAUGUGUUUAAUCGUAUUUUAUGAUGCGUAUCGAUACUUAAUUAUUUUUUGUUUAAUUAAACAUAAUUUUACAUGUAUUUGUAUUGUGUGUGUACAUAAAAAAGAAAACAAC